AGGCCCAUUGAAGUCCAAGUGUGGCACAUCUCAGCCUUAAAAAAACCCUUGUUGGUGCCUUCUUUUCGCUUCCAACUGGUAUUGUUAGAAACCUCCGCCGCUCUCUUUCUUCUUCAGAGCCACUUAGGGUUUUUCCUGCGUCAGCUCCAAUGGGAAAGGGAACAGGGAGUUUUGGUAAAAGAAGGAACAAGACCCACACUCUCUGCGUUAGAUGUGGCCGCCGUAGCUUCCAUCUCCAGAAGAGCCGUUGCUCUGCCUGUGCUUUCCCUGCUGCUCGUAAGAGGACAUAUAACUGGAGUGUGAAGGCAAUCAGAAGAAAGACCACUGGAACCGGUAGGAUGAGGUAUCUGCGCCAUGUCCCUCGCAGGUUCAAGACUGGUUUCAGAGAAGGUACUGAAGCAGCACCGAGGAAGAAGGUUGCAGCAGCUUCUGCUUGAGGUAUUACGAGGUUGUUUUGGAUGAAGCAUCUUUUUUUAGGAAAACUUUUACGAGAACAUUACUCUCGAGGGUUGUCAUUACAUUGAAUGCUUUAGCUGUUUUUAGUUUAUGAUUAUGGAGUUGCACUAAAUUUUGAACAAGGAUGAAUGAUUUAGUUUUCCUCUAGUUUAUUUUUGAGGAGUUGCUUCAAAUUUUGAACGAGGAUGGACAAGGCUAUUGUUGGUUUACACUUAGUUACUUGAUACAAUUUUUUUGGAUGAAGUUAAUGUAUGUUCUUGUUUUUGGUUAUAAA